CCGUCUUGGACAUUGAUUUGCCAGACUACUUGCUAUGCCAGAUUUAGAGACACUUGUCGUUGACAGUGCCGGAACCCAGUUCGCCUACCUCGAUUCUGGAGCACCGGAAGACUCCAGCGACUACGUCACUAUCUUCGCAAUCCAUGGCAUUAUCUUCAGCGCUCCUAUUUUCCAAAAGGUUCUCGACCUAGCACCCAAGUCAGGCCUAAGGAUCGUAGCCAUAAACCGACGAGACUAUCCCGGUUCCUCUCCUUUGUCAACCGAACAGCUCAACUGCGCGACGGGCUCAGACGAAGAGAAAGCAGGCUACCUUCGUGACCGGGGACUAGAGUACCUGUACUUCUUGGACCGGUUUAUUCAGCUGAAGGGUUUACCUCUUAUUUCCGAGGAUGGGAAGCAGGGUGGCGUAGCCCUUCUGGGGUGGUCCCUCGGAACAUCCUUCUCAACCGCUGCAAUCGCCAGUGCGCCUUCCUUGGAAGACGAAGUAAAGGACAGGCUGGCCAAGUAUGUCCGGGCGUCGAUUCUUCAAGACCCGCCUUCCGUUGCCCUGGGCCUGCCAAUCCCACCUGGCUCUUGGGGCCCUUCGUUGGACGCAUCCAUCCCGCCUAAAGAUAUCAUUCCAUUCACCAUGCAAUGGCUUACCGGAUACUUCGACCACGGCGAUGUCUCUCCACGGGAUCCCUCCGCUCUCUCGCACGUGGUUCCCUCCACCCAAUUCGUACCAACCAUCUACUCUAUGCAUUCUCAGAUCUCUGGCAUCGCAUUCCCGGCACCCGUGGCUGGCUCAGACGGCCUUCUCAUGGCCAACCUCGGCUCUCAGCUCCAUGCCAACUACGCUAAAGCAUGCUUCAGCUCCCAAAUUCGCCAGUUGUUCCCCCACAUGAAGGUAUAUCUUAUUACAGGCGACAUGACUGGCGCUUUCGGCGUUGUCGCGUGCUGGCAAAUUCAAGAUGACGAUGCCGAGCGUGGAGGCGGGAAGGUUGAGUUUGAGCUUGUUUUAUCCGAUUUGAAUAGGUACAGUGGGAUCAUCCUGAAAGGACGAUUGAAGCGUAUCUUCAAGCUGUAG